AUGGGCACCGCCGCCCACCCCGCCCUCCACGCCCUCCUCGCCAUCGUGCUCAUGGCGACGACGUGGCUGCUCACGGACUCCAGCGUGACCGGGGUGAACGUUGCCGAGCUCUUCGGCCGAAUGCCUACGGUGCAGAUCGCUCGUGCGGGCGUGCGGGCGCUCAGGGACGUCGCCUGGGAGCACCCGCAGAGGCACGCCAGGAGCCAGCUCCGCAGCGCCGGGCCCGAGCUGGAGGCCAUGGGCUCGCCGAGGGCGCUGACCGAGGAGGUGUCUGAGGAGGUGUCUGCGGAUGUGGCCGAGGAGGGGACCGAGGUGACGCCGCACGCGAGCGACCUCUCGCUCGCCGAGAUUGUGGCCCAGGAGGUCGCGGAAGAGAGCGUCUUGGACGUCUUUUUGGCCGAAGACCUGCCCCACAAGAUGCUGAAUUUGGUCUUGAAGAUCAUGAUGGCGUGCACGCGGCUGGGUCACAAGCGCUUGGGCGAUUCUCAGCUCUCGAACCUGAUCCCCAAGGUGAAGUUCUCGAUAGUUGCGACGGUGAAGAAGACGUAUUGGGUGUGCCCGACAGAGCUUCUCCCCAAGGAUUUGCCGCCGGGCGUCGUGCGCCCACCCAGCAUGUUCGUGCUCCCUGCGGGCUUCGACAUCCAGAACUUCAGCAUCGUGGACAAGAAAGUCGACAGGGGGGCUAUGCCAAUCGACACGGGCGAACUCGAAUUGGCGAUGAAGGAGACUAUGGAUUUCAGCUCGGCGGGCCCGAGCGCCAGCGGAGCGCUCGCGCUCGGCGAUCGGGCGCCGCAGCAGGAGGUCGGCGGCGCGCCGAGCGCGCAGCAGCCACCGCCCACCGUCGAGCCGAAGGGCACCGACGAGCCCGCGGAGAAGCCGGCAACCAGAGAGCUGCAGAAGGAGGACUCCAGCGAACGGCCCCCGCCGAACCUCGAGAAGACCUUGAAUGGCAUGGCUCACACGCUGAAGGAGGCCGCGAAGGCAGGGCGCUUCUACGACCCGGACCCGAUGUGCAAAGACACCGUGCAUCACGUGUUGCAGCGGUUCGUGAACUUUGCGCUCUCCUCGGGGUGGAACCAGGGGGAGGAGCCAAAGGUGGCCAUCAAUUUCAUGCGGUACCUCGUGAAGCGCCUGCGGAACACGGAGAGCCUCGAUUAUCUUUCUCACAUGGUGAAGCCCAUGGAGCAGCUGAUGGGGAAGCUCCCCGCGCUGGUGCCCGAGACGGGCAAGGUGGUCAUCCAUUUGAGCAAGCUCAGUUUCCUGACCGAGACGCCCCUGAAUUACGGCACGCUGGACUUGGACGAGCAGAACGAGUUCGAUUCGGCACCCUUGUACAAGCAGUGGAUGAGGAGGCGUUUUGAUAAGAAGUUGGAGAAGGUCCGCGGGGACGCGGGGAAGGACCCGAAGGAGAGGCGGGGUGAGUUGGCGGGCAUGCAGAGCCAGUUCGACAAGAUCGACGGCGAGGGCAAGAUGACUGAGGAGGUGAAGGCCCAGUACAACUUCGGCAUGAGCGUCUUGUCGCCGUCCAUGUCGCUCGGUGGCCAGGUGGAGUACUUGCAGGGCUUGGGGGGGACGGGGUGGUCCAUGCUGGAGACGUGGUGGCCGAAGAGCCCGGCGACGAAGUUCGCGAAGCUCGUGCCCGGGGCCGAAACCUCAGUGGAGGACGUCGUGGCCGCCGCGUCGUCGGUGCCGCCGAGCGACCUCGCCCAGGCUGCCUCCCACUUGAACCCCGUGGUCGUGAGGCUGUGCGAGAUGUGGCACCCCCUGACGGAGGCCGUGGCGGACAAGCCCGCGCGGGACCGGCUCUUCCGCGAGACCGUCUCGUGCAAGCUCAAGGGGGCCGAUUCGUGCGAGAACACGGGCGCCGAGGUGCCGCAGGACGGGGUCAUCGAGAAAGCGGGCGGUGUCCUCUGGCCUCCCUGGAGGAGCAGGGACGUCACGGCCGCGCCCCCUCUCACGAAGAAGUGCUUGGAGUUAGAGCGCGCGCGCCUGGAGACCAAGAAAAAGGGGAAGGAGGAGAAAGAGGAGAAGGACAAAGCGGGAAAGGCCCAGGCCGACAAGGGGAAGGCCGACAGCCCGGCUGGCGAGGGCAAGAAGAGGGCCGCCGAGGAGGGCCAGGCAGGGCCCGACCCGAAGAAGGCGAAGACCGAGGGCCAGACUGACCCGCUCGACUGGCUCAAGCCGGGCGUCGAGGUGAUCUGCAGUUGCAAGCUCACGAAGGACAAGUCGAAGUACGAGGGCAAAAAUGGGCAGGUCGUCUCGCUGGUGAAGGCGAACACGGCCUGCAGCGUGAAGCUCCUGGAGGGUUCGGAGGCUAACAAGAGGCACGUUUUCGUGCUCAGUCAGCUGUCGCCAGUACCAGGUGCCGCCUCCAGCGGGAACGCCGCCGCGGACAGCGGCGGUGCCGCGCCGCCUGAGAAGGACGAUCUCUUCUCCGAUCCAGAGCUGGAGAAGGAGAGGUGA